AUGAUAAAGAAAGAAAUACUCAAUGAUUCGUACGAAACUGAAGACAAAGAUCAGGUCAAACCUCCUGCUGCUGCUGCGGCCACUACACAAAACGAUGAUCAUCUACGUAAAAUGUUUUUGGGUGGCUUAACGCCCAACACCAAUGAGGAUAUGAUUCGGAACUUUUUCUAUCAAUUUGGCGAAAUAGAAGAUAUCAUUAUUAUGCGUGAUACAGUAACAAAACGCUCCAGAGGUUUUGGAUUUAUUACAUUUAAAUCUUCGGAAAGUGUAGAUAAGGCACAAGCGGCUAGACCACACGUUGUCGAUGGAAGAACAAUAGAUACUAAGCGUGCCCUGCCACGCACCGCUGAAGCUGCAAAAAAUGAAGCUAAUGGUUCGGUUAGAAAAGUUUUUGUUGGUGGUCUCAAAGACUAUCACGACGAAGAAGCUUUGCGUGAAUAUUUCCAGCAAUUCGGCAAAGUUGUAUCAAUAAAUAUUCUGGUAGAUAAAAAUACUGGCCGUAAACGAGGCUUUGCUUUUGUAGAAUUUGAUGAUUAUGAUGCCGUCGAUAAGGUUGUGUUGCGAAAAACUCAUACUAUCAAGUAUAUGCUUGUUGAUGUUAAAAAAUCAAAUUAUAAACAAGUACAAGCAAAAAGAUUAGCACUACAACAGCAACAACAAAAUGGUAAUGCCGCAACGCCCGUUCCACCAGGAGAUCCAGCUGCUGUUGGUACAUAUCCACAUGCAGCAUAUCCUCAAACACCCUAUAAUUAUCCUCCGCCACAAGCUUAUGCUGGUUGGGGUUAUCCACCUGCACCGCCGGCCCCAAAUUCCGCAUAUCCUCAACCACCAGCGGCGGCGGGAUAUGGUGCAUAUACUGCGGCGCCUGUACAAAAUGUUGCAACACAACAAACAUGGAAUGGAGCCUAUGCUGCGACACCUACUGCCUGGAAUCAAGGUGGCUAUAGUGCGCCAACUGCUAGUGCGUGGAAUGGUACACCGGCAGCGCCGGCACCAGUUAAUUACAAUACACCACCAGCCACAAAUGGUGGUGGUUGGACAGCUACUGCAUCACCAGCAGCGGCAGUACCGCCACCUGUCACGCAACAAUUUGGCAACUAUCAGCAAUCCUAUAAUGGCGGACCACAGAAAAAUAAUAGUUUACAAGGAAAUCGUAUGAAUCCAUACACCGUUUAA